AUGCCUGCUACGCCGACCUUCUCGGGCCUGUUUCCGCCCGCCCGCCGCGUCGUCAUCCUCGAUGGCGGCAUGGGCACGACGCUCCAAGCUCCGCCGUUCGAGCUCGCGCUCGACUCGGCCCUGUGGAGCUCCGAGCUGCUCGCCGACGAGGCGGGCCGCAGCCAGCUCGACCGCCUGCACCGCACCUGGAUCGACGCCGGCGCCGACAUUGUCGAGACGUGCACAUACCAAUCGUCCCUCCCGCUCUUUCUCCCCUCGUCUCGCGCCCCGACCGCCGCCGAGUCCUCGACCGCCCUUGCCACCAUGACGGCCGCGCUCCCCGUCGCGUGCGCCUCGUGCGCCAACCACCCGCCCGCCAGCUCGACCGCCUCGUCGAGCCGCCGCGCCCAGGUCGCCCUCUCGCUCGGCCCGUACGGCUCGGCGCUCCAGCCGGGUCAGGAGUACACGGGCGCGUACCCGCCGCCGUUCGGGCCCGCCGCGUCGGCCGCACCCGACGCCCAACCGGCGAGCAGCGCCGAGGCGCUCGCGGCCGUGCCGCUCCCGCUCGACGCCGUGCGCGGCGCCGGCGUGAGCGACGACGAGGCGCACCUCGCCGCGUGGCACCUGCAGCGGCUCGUCCACUUCUCCGAGUCGAGCGCGGCGGCGGGACCCGACGACGACGCCCGCGUCGGCCUCGUCGCGUUCGAGACGGUGCCCUCGCUCGCCGAGGUGCGCGCCAUCCGCCACGCGGCCCACGUCUUCUCGGUCCUGCACCCCGACCGCCCCCAGCCGCCCUUCUACAUCUCGCUCGUGUUUCCGCGUGCGACGCCUCAAGGCGCUGCAGCCGACGUGCGGUUCCCGGACGCGGCGCUCGCCCACCUCGAGUCGCUCGACGCCCAGCUCGCCGUCCUCGUCGACGCCGUCCUCGCGCCCGCCGACGGCCUCGCCCAGCCCGCCGGCCUCGGCUUCAACUGCACGUCGCCGCUCGCCGCGCGCGGCGUCGUGCGCGCCCUCGGCGCCGCCGUCGCUGCUGCCGCGCGCCCGACGAGCCUGACGAGCCCGGCCGGGCCCAAGCCGUGGCUCGUGCUGUACCCGGACGGCGGCGCCGUGUACGACGUGCGCUCGCGCACGUGGUCGCACCCGGCGGGCCUGACGGACGCGUCGUGGGCUGCGCUCGUCGCCGACGCGGUCGGCGACGCGCUCGCGUGCGGCGAGUGGGAGGGCGUCGUCGCCGGCGGGUGCUGCAAGGCUGGGCCGGGUGCGAUCAGGGUGCUCAGGGACGAGGUCGAGAGGCGAGGGUGGCGGGAGUGAGGGAGCGCGCGAGGGCGGUGGGCGAGGUCGGUGGGCGAGGGGAGGGAGGAGGCCGCUCGGGCACAGUCGAUGUAGAGCCCGCGCAGGCUUGGUGCCAUAGACGCAAUGCAGUCGACUCUGCGACCGCACGAGCCCUGCUCCUGGCCCUGCUCAGUCUCGACGAGGCGCUUCAUGGAGCGCCC